GUACAUUGCAACGACCUUAGUACCCGUCCGGCCAUAUCUGGCGGGAUAUUUGAAAUUCCGGAUCCUAAUGGCCUCAGACAAUCCGGAAAUGAACGAUUCCUGGAUUGAAGUCACUCCACACAGUUUGGGUUACAGUCCGAACGGUGACUUCCAGGCUUUCGGUGAUAAACCUCAAACACCAGGGUUUUCAGAACCUAGUGGUCUACAUACAAUAGUCGAAGAGCAGUUACUAACUCGUUUCCUUACAGAGGCUCAAGAACAUUCAGGCAGGACUAGUGAUGCUUCCCCACCUAGUCCACCGUUAUCAUAUGAUAGUUUGAACACUGGGGAAACAUCUGAACAAAUUCGCUCUCCUCAGCAAAUUACAAAUGCAGCCAAAGUUCCAACAACCAGUUACCCGAAUGAUUUCCCAGUCACAAGUUCUGGAGAGUGGGCCAGUCGACCAGAAAUCGGAGCGUAUUCCGCUCUGAUAUGCCAAACACAGAGUUCUAAAACAAGUCCUUCCGGGUCUCUCAAUCGUACAUCUCCCAACAAGGGUUCGUGGUAUCUUCGUAAUUCUGGUUUCAUGAAAGCGCGUUUUAUUGGUUGGCUUCUUGACCGUAUCCCAAAUAUAUUAAGCCAUGCAACUACAUUCCUACUGGGAGCAAUUACUAUGCUUUUAUUGAUACGGAAACGAGCGAAAUUCUUAAAGGUCUUGAACAUACCUGUGGAUUAAUAAUAAGGUAUAACCGGCCUAUUCAUCAAAAUAGUCUACGGGAUAAGAAAAUUUUUUUAACAACAAUCGUAUAUGCAUCAAAUACACAUGCCUACUUUCGUGGCACACAGAGAAGAUAAUUUCUAUUUGAAGGGUUCGGUAUGAUUUCGUUAUACACAUUUCAAUUUUACUUUUGUACUUUACAUCACCUCAUUUUCUUUUCCACCUGAGUUUUUCUUUCGUUUUUUUUAAAUAAAAAAAGUGUUUUCAUUAUUGACAAUUUUCUUAAUCGUUCGUUUUUUUUCAUAUGUACAUCGUGUUACUUGUUGUAUUCACAUAUAAGCGUAUUUGCGUGUAUGUGUGUGUAUGCGCAUGUACAAGUGCGUUUUCGUGGUUCCAUUGUUUCUGCUGCAUAGUGAUGAAUACAUACAAUGAUGUUGGAUGUGAUCAAGACACUUGUGUAAGUGAAGUGAAUGUGAAAUUACGAUUGUAUUCACGCGCUUUAAUCAUCAUGCAAAUAUUCUUUUAUGCAAUAUAUAUCUUGUUUAUUAUUUCAUCAUUCAACAGAGUAAUUUAACAAUUUUUAUUUGCUUAUUUAUUGCUUAUCAUUUAUUUGUCAUUUUUAUUUCUGCCUACUUUAAUAAUAUUCAUUUGAUUAUGUAUUUUAUUGUGAAAAAUAAGUAACCAUUUGUCAAAUUGUGUUAGUGAAAAUUUUAUAAUUCGAUUGUCUAAUAAAUCCACUCUCACCUACGCCACCACCUGUCUCUACUUAUCUGUGAGUUGUAAAGAAUUAUGAAACGCUUAAUUCUUCCUAUAAAACGACUAUUAAUGCUUCUUUUGUCAUCUUUCCAUCAGUUGUGUGUUCUGUGCUGCACAAUUAAAAUGGUCUCUCUUUUGUGAUUACCUUUUUACCCAUUUUUUUUCAGAGAAAAACAAAGUGUAUUAUGCUUUUAGGAAGUUGAGUAUUUUGCGCACAAUACAUUCUACAACAUGAUUAUGUAAUUUUGUCUAUCACAAUACGUGUGUGUUCGUGUGUAUGUUUUCGAAACUUCACUUUCUUUCUUAAGGUGAUUUUGGUUUAAGUUUUCUGUUCUAUAGGUUCAUGUCAGUUUUUAUAUAUUGGGACAACAAUUAAUGGAGUGAAUUUGUACCACAUAAGAUUUCUCUGUCACUAAUAUUUUUUCUACCCUGCAUACUAACAAAAAUUAUUAUCUUCCUUAUUCUUUAUUAAAAUUCAAUAUGAAAAUCUACAACUUAAAAGUUGUCUCACGAUAAGAAAAUGUGUCGUUAUCUAUGGCUAUUUUACUCUGCCUUAGUUUUAUGAAGUCGCUGUCAUCAGAUAGUCAUUAUAUGCACAGAAAUGGAGCGAUGGAAAGCUUUUUUCUCUUUUCAACUGGGUUUGACUCAGGUUUUAUGUCAGUUUGCGGGAUGUUUGUGACAGUUACUUAUCAUGUGCUUUACAUACAUACAUACAUGCACUAUACAAAAUCAAUCAAAGAGAUUUUGGAUCUCUACUUUGGGGUUUAGGUGUGCUUUCAAAAUAAUUUCAAUUUGUUGUGCAAUUUGAAAUUCAUCAUCUCUAUUUGUCCAUUGUUUAUCUUGUUGGUUUUAAUUUCAUGAAAAUAAAAAAAAUGCUGAUCAUUUUCAUACUUCCUCUGUGUGUUUUUGUUUGAAUAGUUUUCGUAUUCUUACUCGGUAGGCAUACAUACAAUUGCUAUACUAUAUUUACUUUGAAAAUGUUCGUUCACUUGGCUGCAUUUUCACAAUGGCAACACAGUGCCUAAAUAACGUGUUUUUGGAGCAACUAAUUAAUGUUGCCUUUUGCGUUGAAUCGAUCGGGAAAGCCCUGUUUACUACAUUCGUCUGACAGUGAGCGCAGUCCUCAUAAAAGCAAAAGGCAAACAGCGAAUGUUUAGUGCUGAAGGAUGCAUCAAUUUGGAUAGAACGUGUCCACCACCGGGAGAUGCUGGAAGAUCCUAGUUUGAAACCAAUCGUAGACAGGAUCCUAAGUCCUGAAGAAACGAGGAAAACCUAUUGAACUCCAUAAAAAUAUAAGUAAGAAUUCCUUUCAAAGGCUGUGCGAUUUAUUCAACGCAACAAACACCUGUUUUGAUUCUGUUGUCCUCCUGUCAUAAAUUAUACAGUCUGAUUUUGAAGUGAUGCUAGAAAUUUUGCAAUUAAAUAUCAGAGCAAUGCGGUUUCGAGGUUACAAUUUGAUCUCACGUGCCUAAAAGACCUUAUGCAAUUUAAACACAAAUGCAAUCCAAUAAAUGGC